AUGGAUACUUCACCAGAAUUCAAGAGGUUCACGAGCCUCAUGGUUGCCCUUGCCCAUUUCACUACCUUUGCCAUUCCACUUCCUGCUCACGCUUCCCCUGCAGAGGCCCAAGCCCUCCUCAAGUGGAAGUCCAGCGGGAAUGUGAUCAAGAUAGAUCUCACCAGCACCAAUGUAGAAGGUACGCUCAGCGAAUUCCCAUUCUCAUCUUUGUCUCAUCUCAUGUACAUGGACUUGAAAUUCAAUAAUCUCUCUGGCCACAUUCCGCCUCAAAUCGGUCUCUUGAGCAAUCUCGCCUAUCUCGACCUCUCUACAAAUUGGUUCUCGGGGAAAAUACCAUCGGAGAUCGGUAAUUUGAGCAAAUUAGCUAAAUUGUAUGUCGACGACAAUAGCCUCUCUGGUUCUAUUCCUCAAGAAAUGGGAAAUAUGAAAAAUUUGAAAGUGCUCCAGUUGCUCUGGAACAAUUUGAUAGGACCGAUUCCUUCCACUUUGGGGAACUUGACCAAAUUAACAGAUCUAAGCCUAUUUCAUAAUAAGCUUACCGGUUCCAUCCUGCUACCAUUAUACAAUUUGACAAAGCUUACGGUGUUGCGAUUGCAUCACAACCAGUUCACUGGUUCCUUACCAGAGAACUUGUGCCAAGGUGGAUUGCUCCAAAACCUCACGUUGGGUGACAAUAACUUAACUGGUUCCAUCCCUAGAAGCUUGAGAAAUUGCACAAGCUUGGUCAUAGUAACCCUCAACCAAAACCAGUUCACUGGAAACAUAUCUGAGACCUUUGGUGUCCACCCCAACUUGUACUAUCUCAAUAUGAGUUCCAACAAGUUCUAUGGAGAAAUCUCAACAAACUGGGGAAGUUGCACGCGUUUACAGUAUAUGGGGAUUGCUAGAAAUAAAAUCACUGGUUACUUGCCUCCUGAGAUUGGAAAUAUGAGUCAACUACAAGAACUCGAUCUUUCUUCCAAUGGAUUAGUUGGCAAGAUUCCAAAAGGACUUGGGAAAUUGACUUUCCUACACGUUCUACUUCUCAACGACAAUCAACUUUCGGGACGGUGGCCAAUAGAAGGUUUCUCAAACACAUCAUUGGAGCAAAUUAAUUUGUCCAACAACAAAUUUGAUGGUCCACUUCCACUUCCAUCACCCUUCACAAAUUUCUAUUCGAUUGCGGAUAAUAAAAUAGCGGGGAAGAUCCCUUUAUCAAUAUGCAAUGUUACCUCUCUCUCAGUCCUCAUCAUGUCUAAUAAUAGCAUAGCCGGUAGCCUACCUGAGUGCUUGUCACACUUCAAUUUAUCGAUUUUGAACUUGAAAAUGAAUAGUCUUUCAGGCACAAUCCCCCAAACAUUUUUACUGAGAAGUAAAUUUUUGAGAAGUCUUGACUUGAGUCAAAAUCAGUUCGAAGGGACAUUGCCCCAAACCCUUGCCAAUUGUAAAAACCUGGAAGUUUUGGAUUUCAGCAACAAUAAGAUAGAGGAUAGGUCCCCAACAUGGCUGGGAACACUACCUAAGCUAAAAGUUCUUAUUUUGAGGUCCAACAAUUUUAAGGGUUCUUUAGAUUUUCCAAAGGUAGCUCAUCUCUUUCCCAUGUUGCGCAUUUUUGACCUCUCGAACAAUGGCUUCACUGGUCCUUUACCAACCAAUUUGAUAGCGAAACUUCAAGGGAUGAUGAAUGGACAAAAUAGGCAAGGGCCAAAAGGCGAAUUGUACAUGAGGCAAGAAGUUGCAACGGGGUUCUAUGUAGAUUCUGUGAAUGUGACCAUGAAAGGAAACAAUGUUCGGCUACUGAAGAUCUUGAAAAUCUGCACAUUCAUUGACUUAUCACUCAACUCUUUUCAUGGGAACAUCCCAAGUAUUAUUGGAAAUCUUCAAUAUCUCAAAGGGCUCAACCUUUCCCACAACCACCUCACAGGUUCUAUUCCAUCAACCCUUGGAAAUUUGACUCACCUUGAAUGUUUAGAUUUAUCUUCAAACAAGCUUAGUGGGAGGGUUCCUAGAGAACUCGGAGAUUUGUCAUUCUGGGGUGUUUGA